AUAAAGCGUUUUAUUGUGUACCGGUCCGGUGUAUCAGGCUUCCGCAGUGUACCUUCAGUCUACAAUAUGCAUUGUGGUAAAUGUGUGGUUAUGUUGAUUUAGUUAACACGUGUAUUUAGUAGCGGCAGUAUUGCUGCAAUAAAAUUAGUUAUUUAGGACACUCAAAGUGCUUAUUUGUGCAGUUUUUUUAUUAAGUUUUAUUUAUUAUUCAAUUGCAAGUGCAGUGCUGUUACAAAGCUUCAAUAUGGAUCGCUGCCGUCCAUUUUCACGAAAAGAACUGGAAAAGCUUAUUAAAGAAUCCUCAGAUUCGGAACCAUUUUCUGCCGGCUCCAGUGAUAAUUAUGAACCAGAUUCCGAUGAAGAAGCUGGCAGUGAUACGUCCGAUAUGUCUUCGUCGUCUUUAUCGGAAACAAUGCAAACCACUGUGCAUCUAAACUCAGACAUAAACCCUGCGCAACCACCACAGGUAAUUGUUGAUAGGAACCUAGUUCUUGACUGGGUCAUUCCUGAGAAAAAAUUUGAGCCCGCUAAAAUCCUUCUUCCUGAAAGAGAGUGUAUGCUGGCUCCAGAUAUCACCAAGCAGUUGAAACCUAUGCAAAUUUUUCAUAAAGUAUUUCCUCAUUCUCUUUAUUUGCACAUUGCAAAUUGUACAAAUGAACGUCUGAAAAUCCUAAACCAAUUAAAAAAAAGGAAUGAGAAAAUGACUAACAAAGGAAAAAUACAGAAAUUAUUUGGCUGCAUGUUCAUUAUGUGCUACAAUCGCCUUCCAAGCCUAAAAAAUUAUUGGAGCAAGAAGGAGUCAAUGGGAAAUAGCACAAUUCAAAAAACUUUUUCAAGAGAUCGUUACAUGACUUUAAGCUCAAAAAUUUACUUUGCUUCUCCUCAAAAACCCCCAAAUGCUUCAAAAACAUAUUAUAUUGAAUAUUUAUUAUCUUGUUUCAAAUACACAUUUCCAAAAUGUCGCCAGGAUAGCCAGUAUCAAAGUAUCGACGAAUCUAUGACCAAAUUCAAGGGUCGAUCUUCUAUGAAACAAUAUAUGCCCCUCAAACCAACCAAGAGAGGCAUAAAACUAUGGCUUCGCUGCGAUGCAGAUUCCGGCUAUACGUAUGAUGUCAAUGUAUAUUCUGGAAAAGAGGACCCAAUUCCCGCUAAAAAUCAAUCCCUUACUUUAGGAGAGCGAGUCGUAACAGCUCUUGCAUCUACAGUUAAAAACAAUUAUGUUGUGUUGUGUUUUGAUCGCUUUUUUACAAGUGUGAAUUUGUUACUUUCACUAGACUAUGCAGCCUUGGGAACUUGCAUGUCCAAUCACAAGAAUGUACCAACUAUGGGAGACAAACUCCAAAAAGGGGAAUCUCAAUUUAGAUGCACUUCUUCUGGAUUACUUUGUGUAAAGUGGCAGGAGAUAAAGGAAGUUUUGCUAAUGAGUAAUUGUCAUAAGCCCAAUUUGACAACAAUUAUCAAAAAAAGCAAAACCGGUGAACAACAAAAUAUCGAAUGUCCAGAGGCCAUUUCUUUUUACAGAAAAAAAUGCAAGGGGUUGAUCGGGCUGAUUAAUUUAUUGGGCUAUAUGAUCAUGAUCGAAAAUCAGCAAAGAGGUGGAAAAGGGUGUUUUACACAUUCCUCAAUAUGUGUGCAGUAAAUUCGUGGAUAAUGUAUAAUCAACUGAGACGUAAAAAUGAGAGCUUUUUUUUUCUUUCCUUCCUUACCACACU